GCUCCCCGUCGAUCCGGAGAUGGGAGACUCGUCUUUCGGAUGUUCCACUGAUGCCUACCAUCUAUCUCUACACUGAAUUGCAAUGGGACGGAAAAAGAUUCAGAUCAGCCGGAUUUUGGACCAGCGGAACAGGCAGGUCACGUUCACCAAGAGGAAGUUUGGCCUGAUGAAGAAGGCCUACGAGCUCAGCGUCCUCUGUGACUGCGAGAUCGCGCUCAUCAUCUUCAACAGCACCAACCGCCUCUUCCAGUACGCCAGCACCGAUAUGGACAAAGUCCUCUUGAAAUAUACGGAGUACAGCGAGCCGCACGAAAGCCGCACCAACUCGGAUAUUUUGGAGACCCUGAAACGCAAGGGCGUAGGACCAGAUGGACCAGACCUGGACCUUGAAGAGGCUUUGCGGCAUGACGGGAAACCGAGGCAGCUUGGAGAAGGGGUGGAUCUCACCUUGGUGCAGACAAAGCUUUGCUCGGCAACUUCUAUGUCGAGUCUAGAGGGGGCAGCUAUGGGGACUCCCCCAUCUGGGAGCGAGGGCGGAGCCAGAAGUGCCAGCGAAUCCCCGCUCCAACAGAGUCGUUCGCAGCCGUACAAGGCUUCCCUUUCCAAGCAUGGCGUCCCUCCGGGGCGUUCUCCGGGAACCCUUGGAGCUGGUAUCGGGUACCCGAUCUUCACCCACGGCAACCUCAGCCGCAUGCUGCCGAGCAAAACUCCUCCUCCGCUGUACCUGGGGGCCGACCCCCGUCGGGUGGAAGGGCACCUUUCCGGUAGCAGGAACAACAUGGCAUCAGCUCGCUCGCUGUACCCCAGUCUUCAGAGCAUGAGUCCCAUGUUGUCAUCCGGAACCACCUGUCUCCCAGGACAUGGGCUGCCGGGAUACCCCUUCCUCUCCUCUGGCCAAUCAGAGUAUACCCCCGGGGAGAGUGCCUCGCAUCCCUUCGGCCUCCAGGCAAACGCCAUGGCCACGUGGCAACACCGAGACGUGGCACCCGCCAUGCACCCGCCGCUGGGAGCUGUGGGCCGCCUCCUCGAUCAGGCGCCGCUGGUCUCCGGCUCACCCACCCAUCUGCACGUGCCCAUCAGCGUCAAGUCAGAGCGUGCCUCCCCGACAGUCAGCUGUGCCUCGACUGCCCCCCAGCCUCCCCCCUGUGUCUGCCCCUCCCCUGCCGAUGUCCCUAUGGAUCUCCAACCCCGGGAAGAUUACGUCAAGGCCUAUCAUUACUCGGUCCUUCUCUCCCGGCCUCUGGCGGAGGAACAGAGACAUCCCAGCGUUCCCCCGCGUCGAUUGCACCCCGCUAUAGAGGAGUGGCAGAGAUAG